CAACCUGCACCUGAAAGAGGAGAACCUCAAGCCAGACACCAACGGUGCCGUUGUCAAGGCAGGGGACAAUGCAGAGAAGGCGGAAGAGGACGAAAAAGAGGAUCGCGCCGCCCAGUCACUGCUGAACAAGCUGAUCCGCAGCAAUUUGGUGGACAACACAAACCAGGUGGAGGUUCUGCAGAGGGACCCGACGUCGCCGCUCUACUCGGUGAAGUCUUUUGAAGAGCUGCGCCUGAAGCCCCAGCUGCUCCAGGGGGUGUACGCCAUGGGCUUCAACAGGCCCUCCAAGAUCCAGGAGAACGCCCUGCCCAUGAUGCUCGCAGAGCCUCCGCAGAAUCUGAUCGCGCAGUCCCAGUCCGGCACCGGGAAGACGGCAGCUUUCGUCCUAGCCAUGCUCAGCCGAGUGCAGCCUGACCACAGGCAUCCCCAGUGCCUCUGCCUUUCCCCCACGUACGAGUUGGCCCUCCAGACCGGGAAGGUCAUAGAGCAGAUGGGCCGGUUCUACCCAGCGCUGAAGCUGGCCUAUGCCGUUCGAGGCAACAAACUGGAGCGUGGCCAGAAGAUCGCCGAACAGAUCGUCAUCGGCACGCCAGGCACCGUUCUGGACUGGUGUUCGAAGCUGAAGUUCAUCGACCCCAAGAAGAUCCGGGUCUUUGUUUUGGAUGAGGCCGACGUCAUGAUCGCCACCCAGGGGCACCAGGACCAGAGCAUCCGCAUCCAGAGGAUGCUUCCCCGCGACUGCCAGAUGUUGCUCUUCUCGGCCACCUUUGAGGACUCGGUGUGGAAGUUUGCCCAGAAAGUCGUUCCUGACCCCAACAUCAUCAAGCUGAAGCGGGAGGAAGAGACGCUGGACACCAUCAAGCAGUACUACGUCCUCUGCAGCAGCCGAGAGGAGAAGUUCCACGCCCUCUGCAACAUCUACGGCGCCAUCACCAUCGCCCAGGCCAUGAUCUUCUGCCACACCCGCAAGACGGCUGGCUGGCUGGCGGGGGAACUUUCCAAAGAAGGCCACCAGGUGGCGCUCCUGAGCGGGGAGAUGAUGGUGGAGCAGCGGGCGGCUGUGAUCGAGCGCUUCCGGGAGGGCAAGGAGAAGGUCUUGGUGACAACCAACGUUUGUGCCCGAGGGAUAGACGUGGAGCAAGUCUCUGUGGUCAUAAACUUUGAUCUUCCUGUGGAUAAAGAUGGGAACCCCGACAACGAGACAUACCUCCACCGCAUUGGCCGUACGGGGCGUUUUGGCAAGCGGGGGCUCGCCAUUAACAUGGUGGACAGCAAGCACAGCAUGAACAUCCUCAACCGGAUCCAGGAACAUUUCAACAAGAAGAUUCAUAAACUGGAUACAGACGAUUUGGACGAAAUUGAGAAGAUUGCUAACUGAAGGGGCAGCCGAGGGGGUGGGUGUGCCCGCCUUUCUCCCUGUGGCUCUCCCUACCACAAUCAAUUUGCCAUCCCAAUCGGGCACCUCUCCUCGCCAGCCAUGUGCAAAGGGGUGUGUCCUCCGAGAUCACAAACGCUGUGGAAAUUACCUCAUCAUCUUAAACCAACAACAAUGUGGCUGGACUUGAUUUUAAAUAGUAGUGCAAACUGGAGAAAGAAGACACGUUUAAGAAGAAAUGUUUACAGUAACUUUUAACUUUUUCUUUUAGUUUAGCCUUAAUAGUGGGGAACCUCUUAAAUUCUGAAAAUGAUGCCAAAAAAACAUAGCCAAUAAUUAGGAAGGAUUCGUAAUGCCUGUUUUGUGGAGAAAGUACUAAAAUGUACCCAAGCAGUAUAUAUGGAAAAUGGAACAAAUAUCUAUAGCUUAUGAUUUUCGUUUUGAACUUUGAAGAGGGCAGGCGUUCAGGCUAGCUCCAUGCUGGGUUGUGUGAAGUGGGCUAAGAUCUCCAUUUUCUCGAGAAAAAUUGCCCCGCUUUUCUCUAGGUUGGUGAUGCUAUUUUUUUUCCCCGGUUGAUGGCAUGAUCUACUGUCUUCUCAUUCUUAUCCUUUUUCUCCUCCCCAAGGAACUUUGGGGAACUGCAGUCCUACGUGGGGGUCCUGAGACCGUCGCUGCUUUGGGGCGGGGGGAGGGAAGCCAAAGCCUUGGCAGGUUCACAGGGCCUUACUUGCCCCCGCAGAGCAGAUACUGCUAGGUGAAGAAGAGAGUGGAUGUGAAUACAAAGGUUGGGGGACCCCUCUCAGCUCAGGUCAAAAAAAAGAUGGAGGGCCAACAAAAUGGAAGUCCACAAUUAGUGGAAGGAGAUGGAAGCUGGUGGGAAUGGCCCGGUGUGAGAAAUAUUUUUAGCUGAGAGAGCUUUGGGGCGGGCAGAUAUCCCUUCCCUCGCUGAGCUGAAUCUCCACAGGCUUUGCGUAAAACCGGCCUCAUCUUUGGGCCUGUAAGAGGAGGUCCUGUGGGUUGCACCGGACGGGAGGGUGGACUUUUAUGUUCACCUCUGAGCAGGUGUGUCUCGGAGGGCUGUGGAGCAUCGGCCUUGUGUCAUAACGAGAGUGCCAAGUUUUAACGGAGCAACGCUGGGAAUUGCACAUCCCCCCUCCCCGAGCGCUAGUAUUUGCAUGGCCUCCGCUGGUGGUGCAUCAGGCUGCGGGUUUGUUUUUGGAUUGGGGGGGGUGCUGCUGGCCACUACGAAAUGUGUAGUGCUUGGACUUGGCUUUGCGGGGGUGGAGAGAUCACGCCUGCUGUUGCGGCGUGCCCAAAUAACGUUCAGUUGGAGAUGGGAGGGGUGUGUGUGCGCCUCUCCGGCUGAGGAGGCUCAGCUGGUGCUGGAAGCAGCCGGGUCUUCUCUUGGUUCAGUUUGGCUUCUCCAAUUCUGCCGUAGCGUGGUUGGACAUGCAGCAAGGGUCUGACCUGGUUCUUCUCUCUCUCUCUCUGUGGCACGGUAGAAUUAAAGUAUUUUUAUUCACGCUUCAGGGAGGCAGGAUUAGCUCCUGGCCUCCUCCUCGAUACAGGAAUCUUUUCUAAACCGAUCGAUUGUGAAUCCUGAGUUUUUAUCCCUGCUUUUUAAAGGAAACGCGGGCUGUUAACUGUUCCUUUCAGUGACUGAAAUGGGGAUUCUUUUCACAGUGAAAUGAAAAAUAUUAUACGCACCCUGCUCGUUUUAGAAGUGUACCUAAAUUUUUAGGAUGUUUGUGCACAGCCUCUUCUUGGUUUCUGCAAACAGCUUUAGGGGUUUGUGGGGGGUGGGUUGGGCAGGUUUAAAAAAAAUAGCUAUCCACAGAUUUUGUAUGCUGGGGCAUACCUAUUUUUAUUCCACAGGAAAUGACAGGCAGAGGUGAGCUGUGCAUGGCAGGGAGUUUUCAAUCAGCUCUGGCCACGCUGCGUGACCACGUGAGCCAGAUGCACUGAGCGAUUGCACAAGCAGCCAGGCUGCUUUCUGAUGUAACUCUGCAGUUAGAAUAAAGACCACACAACACUGA